AUGGAGAAAGUCUUUGCUCUCAUGGUGAUGCUUGCAUCAUGUUCUGCCUAUACCAGAGAUCUUUCCGGCGAAGUCUUUGUCUUCCCAGGGGCAACUAAGAGUGAUCAUGUGAAACUAAUCACGCCUAAAACAUAUUUCAGUGCUUUGACCAUCUGCUUCAGAUUCGUUACAGACCUCCCGAGGAACUACAGCCUCUUCUCUCUGGCCACACCAAAAGUCUACAAUGACUUUUUGAUCUUCAAGUCAAAAGAAAACCUCAUCAGUGUUUAUGUUCAUAAUGCUCAUGCAGAUUUUUUCUCCCUUGCCUUUCUGCCAAACACCUGGCACACCUUUUGCGCCACUUGGGAAUCUGAAAAAGGAAUCGCCCAGCUGUGGAUUGACGAGGAGCCCACUGUUAAAAAGUUUGUCCACUCGGGGCAGCCAAUCAGCGGCAGGCCCAGCAUUGUCCUGGGGCAAGAACAGGACAAAUACGGGGGAGGCUUCGACGUCAGUCAGUCCUUCAUUGGUGAAAUCUCACAACUUCAUAUGUGGGACUACGUCAUCUUGCCCCAUGAAAUCCGUCACUACACAGAAGGCAACAACUUCGCCCCUGGGAAUGUGUUCAACUGGAGAAACCUCAAUUUUGAAAUCGUUGGUGGCAGUUUUGUGGAGAAGUCCAUGAUGGGUCCGUGA